AUGAAGUGUCCAGUGUGUAACAAAGAAGUUUACUUCGCUGAACGCAUUGAAACACUGGGUAAGGACUGGCAUCGCAGCUGUUUAAAGUGUGGAAGAUGUUACAGACCGAUUACACCAGGUUAUCAUUGCAAGCGUAAUGGCCGAAUUUAUUGUUAUAAACCUUGUUACAUGACUCUGUAUGGACCAAGAGGAUAUGCUGAGCGGGUCAGUUCACUUGGAAAAGACUGGCAUCGUCCGUGUUUAAAAUGCGAAAAGUGCAAAAAAACGCUGACUGCGGGUUCCCACUGUGAACAUGAUGGUAAACCCUAUUGUCAGAUUCCGUGUUACCAAGCCCUGUUUGGACCCAAAGGUUACGGAUCAGUGGCCAGCAGUCACAUCUACAAAUAG